AUGGCACCAAUGGCGACUGAGUUGGCCACUCUCCGGGCCCUCAGCUUCCGUAUCUCUUCCACCGCAACUGCUCAACUCCCCCAACAUGUGCCUGCUAUAGCGGCAUCCUUGUCAAGUUGUAGGGCGCUCUUGUCGUCGACCCAGACUUCCAAUGCCAAGUCUUCCUCGGAGGCCUCAGUCGCAGUGCACAAGUACCGGACCCUGCUUUCAACCUUACUCCAAGACCGGACAAUCCAAGGAAGAUGGUCGGCCAUUGUUCUGAUCAAGGCUACCAUUGAGAUUGGCGGCUGGGAAACGUUACAGAAGUGCCUUCCUUGGGUGCGCGGACUCUUGGGCAUAUUGACCAAGCCGGACCCACCCACAUCCAAGAAGUUGUGCAUCAUCACAUUAACCCGCAUCUUCAUGCUUACGCGAGAAUACCCGACCUUGAUCCGCGAAAUUACAACCCCUUCUUUGCCGACGUUUGUGCAGUCGAGUCUGCAGAUCGCCAGCUCGAAAGCAUCGGCCAACCUUCUGCUCCUUGUACUCGAGAGCUUCUCUGAACUCCUACCAAGGCACCCAACCAUCUUCCGCUCCUACCUGAAGCAGCUCCGACCUCUUUUGUGCCGCCUCGUUGCACCCACCCCCUCUACAGGACUUUCCAGGGAGCAAUCUCAGGACGCCCCCACGGCUGUCGCAACCGACGUCUCCACUGCUGCACGGAGAUUGCUCAUUCAACUGCCGUGUUGCGCACCCAAAGGUGCCUCCAGUGAAGAGUGGGAGAAUGCACUUAGAACCACGGUCGGAGGCGUGCACCGUGUUGCUGACAGGGUCUUUCGCGCCGUUCUCGAGGACUGGCAGUCCACUGUGCGAGAGACACCCGCCAACGGCCAUGCUUUGGAUGGCCAAGUCCAGGAUCUUGAAGAUGAUUACCUUUCUUUGCCACCUUGGUCCGGGAUAUACGCAGGCAGCGAGAGGCUCAUCGGCUUACUCCAGCUUGUAAAGGAGUACGUGGAAAGCCCAACAGCAAACUCAGUGACCAUCAAAGUUGGAGUCAUCAUGGAUUUGAUCACUCGAAUGCUAUCACUUACCAUUCCUGCAUCUGGAUCAAAGUCUUUUCAAAACACUGCAAGAAUCAACAACCAGGUCAGCAAGGAAGAGCGGGAGAACCUUUGGUUGGUGCUGCCCGACAUCCAUGUUGCCGCUAUCGAGCUGCUGCUUGCUAUGGCGUACAGAUUGCAGGCAAGCACAUUGGCCGUUGACGCUUUGGUUCUUGACCAGCUAGUCUGGGUCUUUGGAUCUGAGAAAGAAAAUCCGCGGGUACGCUCGGCCUGCUAUUCAGCUAUGGCGUCCCUACUGAAGCGAUCGGGCGUGAACAUGCCCAAGUCAUCUAUCGACUCCCUUGUACCACUCAUUCGCGCCUGCUGCGAGGAGCUGUUACCAUCAGAAGCUAGCAGCAACGUAGUCAAAGACACUCCAGGACAGGCCAGGUCGAAAGGGAAUGCUCAACCACAAGGCACUGCAAACGCAGACUCCUUCCUUGGCUCGAAGACUGUCAGUGAUCCUACUGCUAGCUUUGCAGGCCUAAAGGUGGCAGCGCAUGAACUAUUACCAGUACUUCUAUCAGACAUUCGCGCGCAGUACUUCUCAGACUCUCUGAGGGCGCGAUUGGACCGCACUGCAGUGCUUGUCCAGCACAAGAUUGCAAUGUUAGCAAGUGUACUGAACCCGCCACCAAGUAAGAAAUUCGGCAAGCCGGCCGCCAGUAUCCUACCUCUUAUGGCUCGGUCUUUCCAAGGAGACCAAGACAUCGAAGGCAUGCUACGACCGAGGAUGCCGGUGAUCCGACUCGGAACCCAGGAUGCUGAACUGGAGGAAGACGCUGAGGAAGAGGAAGAAGUGGAAGCAGAGGAAGACAUGAUGGAAGAUGGUGAGCAGGAAAGCGAAUCAUUUGUAGGCCAAGAGCUGGACACAAUGUUAAAGGCCGCGGGGCGAACAGACGUCGUUGUGCGAGACUUCGCUACGAAAGACGCAUCUCCAGCCCACGACGAGGCCACUGUGAGAACGCCGUCAGGAUCGGGAGGAGGGGAAGGUAGCGCGCAGACCGAGGCAACGGGCAAGCGGCCUCAUGCCGGUGAGGUCCCUCUUUCACCUGCCAAACGAGUACGAUUUGGAGAAGCAGAGUACGCCGCAGUGCCGUCCAUGCCGCCAUCUGCCACUAUAUCUGUUGCGCCUGUUGAGGCUACCAAGGACGCAGAGUCAGCUGCGACAUCGGACUUUACGGUCUCAGCCACUGCAUCUGCGAUACCAGACCUCCCCGAGCCAGGUGAAGGUGGUGCCGAUAGCGAUGACGAUGACGAUGUUGUUCCUCUGGUCUUCGGGCAAGAUACUGACGAUGAAUCUGAAUAG